AACGCCCCUGACACCAAGCUCUGGAGGUAUACAGUUUCGAAGGCUACAUCCGCACUAGUACCUGCCCAGAGGCGGAAUAAUGCUCUGUGGUAGGCCGCAUUUGUGGGGGGUGAAGGCAGCGUCACUUCAAGGACCCGACUUUAUUCGAUCAAGAGCGAUUCCUCCUCCUUAUAAGUGCCUCAGUUCUUCAGCGCGGCCGGGAGAAGCGUCCUGACGUGCUGUCUUGUGUACUCUUGGGUCUGCUGUUGGUAUGCCGUCGACCCUUUUGCUGGCGACACCUUCCUUUUUGGAUGGGGUACCAACUCAACGUUGGCGGCCCUACACGUCGUACAGAGUAAGGAGAAGAAGAUAUAAAUGCGUACCGGCUUCAUCUCAAUGCUGCUCCCCAGGGAACCAGGUCUUUGGCUACCGACCCAUGAAACCCCUUCCUCCCUUACCCGAAUCUCGUCUCAAUUUUGCUCCUUGCCCAAUGGCAUUUGCCGACACAAAGCGGGAAGUCCUCGUGAUUGAGAGGCACCCUACGAACGACAUCAGAAAGCCCAUCCCGGUGGUGGAGAGGCGAGACUACUCGGGUGCUCAUGAGGCUCGUCCUACCCAUUCUCCUUCCUCCAAGCCUUCUAAUGCAGUCUAGAAAAUCGAUUCUCGCGAGAUUGCCUUGGUGAAGAAGCUGGACUGGUGGAUCAUGGUUAGUGCAUGAUCAAGCCUCAAACCAGUCUGCUCGGCUAACAGUUCGUAGCCCAUGCUCUGGAGCAUGUACUGGCUCAACUACCUCGACCGAAACGCCAUCGCGCUGGCUCGGCUGAACGAGCUCGAAGAGGAUCUCAAUCUCAGCAGCACACAGUA